AUGAUCAAGACUCCAACUAACGUGAAAUUGCUCACGAAUGUUGCUGUUGUUCGUCUGAAGCGUUGCGGAAAACGAUUUGAGGUUGCUUGCUACAAAAACAAGGUUUUAAACUGGAGAAAUGGAACGUAAGUUGGAGGUUAAUAUCGGUUUCGAGUUAGUGUGGACUUCGUUUUAGUUAUUGAUUGUGGUAAAGACUGUCGAGGAAGUUAAGAAAAGAUUUUUUGAGUUAAAGUAAUUUUUUUAAGUUUUAUGGAAAGUUUAUUGGUAAUCUUGGUAAAUAGUUUACUUUUCUUUUAUUAGUGUUGUUUUUUUCAGCGAGAAAAACAUUGAUGAAGUGCUUCAAAUGGACCGUGUGUUCACUAAUGUUCAAAAAGGUGAAGUAGCAAAGAAGGACGAUCUUCAGAAAGCUUUCGAAACCACGGAUCAACUAGCUGUGUGCAAGAUCGUAUGUUUAUCUUUUCCUUGUUUUUUUGUGUUUAGGUCAGUCUUGUUCUAAACACAUAUUUUACAUACGUAUAUAUAAGCAUUGAUGUUUAGAUCUUGGAAAAAGGAGAUUUACAAAUUGGAGAAAAGGAACGACAACAUACUACAGAGAGUACAUACAAGGAGAUUGCCACCUUGAUCUCUCAGAUGACGAUUAACACUGAAACUAAACGACCAUUUCCAAUUCCGGUUAUUGAAAAAGGCUUGAAAGAAAGCCACUUUGCUAUCAAACAGAAUCGACAAGCUAAACAGCAGGUAACUUUUAAUAAGUUUGGUAUCUUAAGUUAGGUUACGACUAUCAGCUAUAUAUAACCAUAUAAGGUGCUGUAAAUGUCGUUUUUGUAUCAAUCUUUAUUUUAAAUUUUGAAAAAGGAAUACAGAAAGUGUUAUGGUAUAAAACUAGUAGUUUUUUUAUCCUUUAGACAUUAAAAAAUUGUUUUAGGCAUUGGAAGCGAUUACCAAGCUAAAACAAACGAUGAACAUUGAUCGUGCUCAAAUGAGAGUACGGGUAUGUAUAAAGCACAAAGAAGCUAAGAAUGCUCAUUCUAAACUGAAGCAGAUGUUUGGCAAAGUUGAAGUGGAAGAUUGGGAAGAUGGCAACUUGGAAAUGGUAUGUUUUUACAUUUUUUCUUACAAUUUUUGGUAUAACAGGAAAUAUCAAUAUGAUUUCGAUGUAAAUCGUGAUUAUGUGACAAUUUGUGUCUAAAAUUGAAAUUUUUUUAUGUGAGAUGAUAUUUUAAAACGUUUAUUGCAGACGCUUACUAUAGAAUGUUGUAACUUUUAGGUUGGACUAGUAGAUCCAGGAAAGUACAAAGAACUGGUCGAAUUGGCACGACUGGACAAGAAGAACCCUGGAGAAGUGGAAUUGUUGAGUUUGAAGGUGGUGAAUGAUGAAGAAGUUGAAAUUUCAUAA